AUGGCGGUCUUGGUGAAAAAUGGAAAGAUUGUCAAUCAUGACAGGUCGUUCAAGGCUGAUGUUCUCUGCGUGGAUGGGAAGAUUGUUGAAGUCGGAACUGAUAUUGCCGUGCCAGAAAACUGCCAGAUAAUUGACGCAACGGAUCGUCUCGUCAUCCCCGGUGGAAUCGACACUCAUACCCACAUGCAACUCCCCUUCAUGGGAACUUUCGCCAUCGACGAUUACUACACUGGAACUCGGGCUGCUCUUUCUGGAGGAACUACGAUGAUCUGCGACUUUGUCUUGGGAGGAAAGGGAACAUCCCUGAUCGAGAACUUCAAAACCUGGAAAGGGUGGGCGGAACCAAAGGUCAUGUGCGAUUACACUUUUCAUAUGGCGAUUACUUGGUGGUCCGAGCAAGUCAGGGAAGAAAUGACUGAAAUUAUCAACAACUACGGAAUCAACUCGUUCAAGACCUUCAUGGCUUACAAGGACGUCUUCAUGCUUGAAGACGACGAGAUGCUAGAAUGCUACCGCCAUGCUGCUGGAAUCGGCGCCCUGGCGAUGGUACACGCUGAAAACGGCCACAUCAUCGACCGCGAGAGUAAAAGAAUGGUCGCCGAAGGCGUCACUGGCCCCGAAGGACACGAAAUGUGCCGACCAGAACAUGUCGAAAUGGAAGCUACUCAACGAGCAUGUGUUCUUGCUGACACAGUCAACUGUCCUCUCUACGUCGUUCACGUGAUGUCGAAGAGUGCCGGAAAAGUCGUUUCGGAAAUGCGACGAGAUGGCAAAGUCGUCUUUGGAGAACCAAUUGCCGCAUCGCUCGGAACUGACGGCACGAAUUACUGGCAUAAGUGCUGGCGCCAUGCUGCCGCUCACGUCAUGGGACCUCCUCUGCGACCGGAUCCUUCAACGCCCAAAAUUUUGAUGAAGCAACUAGCUUGCGGAGAGCUCGAGUGCACUGGUACUGAUAACUGCACCUUUAAUGCCAACCAAAAGGCUCUUGGAAAGGAUGAUUUCCGAAAGAUUCCAAAUGGUGUCAAUGGCGUUGAAGAUCGAAUGGCUGUUAUCUGGACUAAAGGUGUUCAUUCGGGAAUCAUGGAUGAGAACCGAUAUGUUGCAGUGACAUCUACCAACGCUGCUAAGGUCUUCAACAUGUACCCACAAAAGGGUAUCAUUCAAGUUGGAUCCGACGCCGACAUUGUUGUCUGGAACCCAAACCGAUCUCGAACCAUCUCUAAGGACACUCAUCACCAGGCUGUCGACUGGAACAUCUUCGAGGGCUUGGAGAUCCAUGGAAUCGCAGAAAAAGUCAUUUCUAGAGGUGUUCUAGCCUACGAGUUCGACGGUGACAAGUUCCAUGUUGAACAAGGACAUGGAAAAUACGUCCCUCGACAACCCUACUCAGAAUAUGUCUACAACCGAAUCCACCAGCGAGAAAAGUUCUACAAGCCUGAAAAAGUCGAGCGGGAGCCGUACACUGGACCAGUUAUCAAACUCCCUCAAUAA